AUGGGAGAAAAAUCUUCGGUCACUGCUGUGUCAAAAGUCAGGCAGGUUGCAGCUACGGUCACUGAGGUUGCGCCGGUUGAAGCAAAUCAAUCGCUGACCAUCGCAGUUGUUGCGCAGCCUGACCGUCACAGAUUGCUGAGCCAUCCGCAGCCAACAAGGGUGGAGAAUUGUCCGCGAAUCUUGCUCUCCCUGCGAGCCAAACACUCGCCGAGAAUAAAAAAAUCUGAUGCCGAUGCUGCUGCCGCGGCCGUCCCUGCUGCUACCGCUGCAGGUGAUGUUUCUAUCACCGGAGAAUCAUCACUGACUGUAGCUUCGCCUGCGGAGCCUUCUCUCACUACGAGUCAAACACUCACCGAGAAUCAAAAAGCUGAUGCGGAUGCUGCUGUCGCUGCCGUCGCUGUUGCCGCUGAAGUGUCUGUUAAAAUUUACCCCCCUCCUGCAAAAGUGACAAUGGUGAAAGUUUAAAGUUAAAUAAUGAUUUGGCC